AUGUCCAAAAUCAUCGUUACAGAUUGCCGCGUUGUAGCUAUUGAUCAUGUUGAGUUUCCAGAGCUGGAGCGGAUUAACUUUACAAACAAUGACAUAUGGCUGGAUCUAUUCAGAUCAAACUUGAAUCAAUUGAAAUGUUUGAAAGUGUUGGAUAUGUCAGACAAUUAUUCCUCAGAUUUCAGCCCCGGACCACACCUGCUUGAUAUAUUGGAGCUUUUAACUAAUUUUGAAGAUAAUGUAUGUUUCAAUUCACCUAAUUUGCAAAACUUAAUUUUGAAAAGCUCAAAGCCAACAAAAUAUAAAUCAAUUUUAUCUUUUCAGGUGUCAUUUGAAUGUGAAAGUUUGACCAAUUUGAAAAUAAUAAACUUAGCUGUUGACUUAUUGGAUCUUGAUCAGCUUCCCAAUUCAUUAGAGGAGUUGAUCAUCAACGAUUUGAAUUUGGAAAUAAUCGAAGGAAAUUUUUUUAAGUUUAAUAAAUUAAAGAAGUUGAAUUUACAAAAUAAUCAAAUAACUUUUUCAAUGUUGAAUUCUCAAAAAUUCCCAUCAAGUUUAACUCAUUUGAAUUUAUCAAAUAAUAAAAUUGAAGAUUUAAGUUGUUUAAUUUUAGAUAAUUGUUUUAACUUGAAAGAUUUAAAAUUGAAAGAAGUAACUUCAGAACGUACACCAGAAGGUACGACUCAAUUAAGGAAUAUGUUAUAUUUUGUUGAUCCCCAUAUUGAUGCAAUUUUAACAAAUUAUGAUUCGGAAGUGAUUUUUGAAAUUGUUCAUGGAGUUGAAAAAAAUUCGAUUUUAAAGUCUAUUUAUAAAAAAAGAAGAAUUUGUUAG